GGUUGUUCGCGCAUCUAGUACUACUAGUGACAUCUAGCGGCACUGCGGCGACAAUUCCUGUACCGCCCCUCUCCGCGCUCAUCUUUCUGGAUUCAUUCGACUCGAUAUACGGCACGAUACGCACCCUGUUCGUUACAUUUAAUAUUUAAGCUUAUAUAAAGCCAUUUUCGAAAUAAAACUAGAUUUCUACAAUAUCGAAAUAAACGUCUUCAUUGAAUGGACCCCUGGAAAACCACCGAAUCCUGCACAUAAUUUGAUCCUCGAGCCGGAUACUGCAAGAGAAGUCAGCUCGUCAGGAAGACGAAAUACCCUUGCGAGAUGACAGCACCUCAGCAGCGUCUGCAGCAGUGAACGGUCAGGUCUACCAAUCCCGUCUAUUCCUUUCCUAGUCGAAUUGUGUUAAAACCGAGUUUUUUUGUGCAUUCCAGUGCCGCUCGUUACGCAAGUCACGCAGCAGCAGUUUGUGAUCUACCGUACCCGUUUGGAAUUUAUGCACGUGAGUAGUUCCAAUUUCUCUUAAUCUUUCGAAAUGGGUGAAAGGGAUGAAGCUGGUGCUAAAUUGACUAUUCCUUCUGGAUCAGGGUCACCUAGAAAAAGUCAGGCAACAAUUUCAGAGCUCCGCAAACAAAGGGGUAACUUGAAAGGCCGGCUUACGCAAUUCAAAAAAUUCGUUGAUUCUCUUUUAUCGGUGACUCCUUCCAAAGUACAAAUUGCAGAAUUAAAAUUACGCAUGCAAGCAUCUACAGAGACUUUUAAAAAUUUUAAUGACAUUGAAAGCCAAAUUGAACUUUGCUCUCCAGAAACAGAAAUUUCUGCCAAUUCCGAAUACGUAGAAACUCUCGAGGAGUUAUAUUUCGGUACUAUGGCUAGCGCUAAUUGUUUAAUCGAUGGUGUGGAGACAAAUAACGCUACUAUUUCAAGUUGUGAUCAUACCGUGAACAAACCGUUUUCAAAAUUUAAACUACCCGAAAUUAAAUUGCCCUCAUUCGAUGGUUCGUAUGAUCGUUGGCUCGAAUUUAAACAUUCUUAUGAAACCAUGAUUCAUAAACAUUCCGAUCUCGACGCGAUUCAAAAGUUUCAUUACCUUCGAUCAUCACUAAGUGGUAGUGCAUUACAAGUAAUUAGUGCGUUAGAAUUCACGGCUGCCAACUAUAUUCAAGCAUGGGAAUUGCUUGAAAUUCGCUUUCAUAACCCUAGGCUUUUAGUACAUAAUCACAUAAAAUCCUUGUUCAAUAUUUCAGCCUUGAAACAGGAAUCUUCGACUCAAAUACGUAGACUGAUAGAUACCGUGUUACGUAAUUUACGCGCUUUAAAAACGUUAGAGGAACCUACCGACUCGUGGGAUACGUUAAUUAUUCAUUUAAUUGUGUCAAAACUCGAUACGACCACGGAGCGUAAGUGGGAAUCUCACAUAGGGUCUAUCUCGGAUAAGUCAAUCAAUAAUGAGUCUAAGAAACUUAAGCUGGAAGAUCUCUUAUCGUUUCUCAGAAACCGGGCGGAUACGUUAGAAAUGAUAAACUCUAAUCAUUCCAAGGCACCGACCGCGGUUAAUACUAAGCCUAAUUACACGUCAAAUAAACCUACGCAAGUAGUUAGCUGUGUCUCUGCUAGUGUUAAUGCUAAUAAAUCGAAGCCUUUCAAUAAUAAACGUUUCCGAAACUGCGCGAUGUGUAACGAGAAUCAUGCACUUUAUACGUGUGCUAAGUUUUUAAAUUUAUCUGUCCAAGAUAGGUUAAAAUUAAUUCAAAAUAAAAACCUGUGUAAUAACUGUUUACGCGAAGGGCAUUCCUUAAAUGAAUGUAUAUUCGGUCCGUGUAAACAGUGUCAACAAAAACAUAAUAGUUUAUUGCAUAUGGAUAAUACUCGCAAUGAUAGUGUGUGCGUGAGGCCGUCGAGUGCGCCUGCACACAGCGCGCCGUUAUCAGUGCCGAGUACAUCUAGCUGCUUUGUAUCCGCUGACCGCGCGCCUAUGGCCGAGUGCGAAGGUGGCGCGGAAAGUACCCGGUUCGUUCCCAGGCAAGGCUUACUUCCUACUGCGUUAAUUGAAGUAGCCGAUGCGAACAAUCAGUUCCAUACGUGUCGUGCGUUUUUAGACAAUGGGAGUGAACAUUGCUUUAUAACGGAAGAGUUACGUAAUCGAUUAAACGUUAAAAAUUUACAGUCCACUAUUCAGAUCUCGGGUGUAGCAGAAAUAGUUACACAGACAAAUCAGUCAUGCGAUGUAACUAUACGAUCUAAACAAUCAGAUUAUUCUAUGUCAAUAACGUGCUUUGUCUUGCCGCGCAUAACGUCCAGUUUGCCCUCGACUCACAUAGACUUAGAUAGUAUACGUAUUCCUGAUAACAUUCAGUUAGCAGAUCCCGAUUUUAACGUGCCUUCUGAAAUCGAUAUACUUAUCGGUUCAGAAAUAUUUUGGGACCUUUUAGACGGUGAAAAGAUUCGAUUACCAACAGGGCCGUACUUAAUAAAUUCGAAAUUAGGCUGGUUGGUAUCUGGUCCAAUUAAUACACGGAACUUGCGCAUUAAUAAUCAAGUCCAUUGUUAUUUUACUCAAUCGAUUGACUCUCAACUUAGAAAGUUUUGGGAAAUCGAGGAUAUCCCUCAGGUAGAUAGUAUUCUUACAGCUGACGAGCAGAAAUGUGAGGAUAUUUUUACCAAUACGACUAAACGUGAAGAGGACGGUCGGUUCUCCGUCCGAAUGCCGCUAAGAGAAUCAGCUGAUACGUUGGGCGAUUCUUAUACGUUAGCGAAAACUCGAUUUUUAUCCUUAGAACGUAAAUUAGAGCGUUUGCCGGAAUAUAAACGUUUAUAUUGUGACUUCAUGCGAGAAUACGAAAAGAUGGGUCACAUGACUCGUGUUACCGACUAUGGUACUCCGAAUUACUUCCAUCCUCAUCAUGGAAUAUUUAGGGAGGGGAGCGCCACCACUAAAAUGCGCGUUGUAUAUAGUGGCGCUGCUCCCACCACCACGAAUAAAUCGUUGAAUAGCAUUCAGCUGCCGGGUCCAGCACUUCAAAACGAUAUAUUUGCUAUUUUGCUACGUUUCCGUCAAUACAAGUACGUUGCUUGUGCUGAUGUGGAGAAAAUGUUUCGGCAGGUUUUGAUCCAACCAGAUCAGAGAUCCUUGCAAAUGAUCCUCUGGCGUGAAAACCCUACCGAUCCAUUACACGUUUAUGAACUCAAUACGGUUACAUAUGGGCAAACUAGUGCACCAUAUUUAAGUCAACGUUGUAUACGACAGUUAGCGUUGGAGUGUGGUGAUGACGUCAUCGCGCGCGUUAUCAACCAAGAUAUAUUCGUAGACGAUUUAAUUACGGGAGAUGAUAAUUUCCAAAACUUACUUGACAUAUGUCAAAAAACGUAUGACGUUUUGCAAUCAGGAUGCUUUCCUUUACGUAAAUGGACCUUUAAUUGUGACGUUACACAAGAAGAGUCCAAGGAACAUUUUGUUGGUGAGCACACCCAGAACAAAACGCUCGGAGUAGGUUGGGACAAUAAACGCGAUGAAUUGUAUUACACUACAAAAAUCGAUCCUUUGCCUAAUUCGUCGUACUUAAAUAAACGAAUGAUGUUAUCGAUUAUUUCACAGAUUUACGACCCGUUAGGUCUUCUUUCUCCUGCGGUUAUAAUUUCCAAAAUUUUGCUUCAAAAAUUAUGGUUAAGUCGUAUCGAUUGGGACACUCCGGUUCCAGAAGACAUUAAAUCGAUGUGGAAUAAUUUCAUAAAUACAUUAAGCCGUUUAAACGAUUUACGGAUUCCGCGUCAUGUAAGUGGUGUACACACUGGACAUACGGAAUUGCAUAUUUUUUCUGAUGCAUCGUUGCAUGCUUACGGCGCGUGCGCUUAUAUUCGGACAUAUGAUGAAGGGUCAGAUGUAACUGUCAGACUAUUGUGUGCUAAAAGUAAAGUCUCACCCCUGAAGUCUCUGACUAUCCCGAAACUUGAACUUUCAGGCGCACUCGUUGCUGCUAAGCUUUAUAAGAAAAUAACUGAUUCCUUAAGGUUAGUGUUCACUAAAGUUUACUUCUGGUGUGACUCGACUAUAGUAAUUUCGUGGCUAGGUAUGUCUCCGCAUCUAUUGAAGCCUUUCGUUCAAAAUCGUGUUACACAAAUAAACGAACUUACCGGUAAUGCUACAUGGUUUCAUGUGAGAAGCGAAGAUAACCCUAGUGAUUUAUUGUCUAGAGGCGUUACUUUAGAUAAUUUAAUUGAUUGUAAUUUAUGGUGGUUCGGACCAUCAUUCUUGCAUGACCCGAAAUCGGAUUUUGUUAGUGACAAUACGAGUAAAAAUACGGCAAUCGAAGAUUUACCCGAGUUACGAUCGACCGCGGUAAGUUUAGUUUGCAAUCAGCAAGAUGAACUAUUUAAUUUCGAUAGAUGUUCAUCUUACAUUAAAUUAAUUAGGAUCGGCGCGUAUGUACUCCGCUUUAUAUUAAACUCACGCACUAACUCUGAGCGUAAACAACUCCGCCAAACCGGUUCAUUAUCGGUGGACGAGUUGGAUGCAUCACGUCGUAUGCUAGUUAGAUUCGCACAAAUGCAAUCAUUUCCGGACGUCUACGAUAGUUUACUUAAAAAUAAACCGAUUAAGACGAAUUGUAAACAAUAUAAUCGUAUAUCCGGUCUUAACGUGUUUUUAGACGAUCGUAAUAAGUUUAAAGUGAUUAGAGUCGGUGGUAGAUUGUGUAAUUCUACAAGUUUCGAUUACAACAAAAAACAUCCCGUGUUAUUGUGCAGUAAACAUAAGUUAACGGUGUUGUUAUUCAAAUAUGAACACAAGCGGCUGCUACAUGCCGGACCGCAGCUACUCUUAUCUACUUUGCGUGAAUGUUGCUGGCCUUUAGGUGCGCGAAAUUUGGCAAGGAAAAUAGUGCGAGAAUGCGUUACCUGUAUUCGAAUGAAAGAUCCUACUGAUCUAUCCCCGCUCACGCCUGCCCAUUUCCUAAUUGGUCGGCCGUUGACCUGCCCUGCGAGCGAGGACCUGACGGAUGUGCAGCCUUCCCGCCUGUCUCGCUACGCCAGGAUCGAAGCCCUACGUCAACACUUCUGGCAUCGUUGGGCCAAGGAGUACGUUGCAGAGCUCCAGCGACGAACCAAAUGGAAGACAAAGAAGGACGACAUAUCGUUAAACAGUCUCGUUUUAAUCAAAGACGAUAACCUGCCUCCUCUCAAAUGGCGGCUAGGCCGAGUCACGCGCCUAUACCCUGGGAGCGAUGGCGUGAACCGUGUCGCCGACAUCCUCACGGCGACAGGAACAAUUCGACGCAGCUUUUCAAAGAUCUGCCCGCUACUACCAGAGCCGGCAGACCACGACGGAUGAUGACUACUUUGGGAGUUGGUGCUCCCAAGGCCGGGGGCAUGUUCGCGCAUCUAGUACUACUAGUGACAUCUAGCGGCACUGCGGCGACAAUUCCUGUACCGCCCCUCUCCGCGCUCAUCUUUCUGGAUUCAUUCGACUCGAUAUACGGCACGAUACGCACCCUGUUCGUUACAUUUAAUAUUUAAGCUUAUAUAAAGCCAUUUUCGAAAUAAAACUAGAUUUCUACAAUAUCGAAAUAAACGUCUUCAUUGAAUGGACCCCUGGAAAACCACCGAAUCCU